AUGGUCGCCAUCGCCACCCCUCGGCGGCAGCUGACGCUCCUCUGGCUCUUCGGCCUCCUCACCCUCAGCCUGCUCUUCUUCCUUUUCUUUUUCUACCACGAUACCUCCCCGUCCGUCGCUCGUAAUUGGAAAGCCCCCUUCGUCACCGACUCGGGCUUGACCACAUUUGAAAAUAAUGGCACUAAGGGGAAUGCCCGCGUCGCCAUCAUCGAGACCGUCGGUACCCAUGAUGAGGUCACGUCCGCCCUCGUCACCGCCUUUGGUGGCCUACCCAACGUCGACCUGACCCUCAUGCUCCGUCAACAGCGUUAUAACAUGCAGGACAUCAUGAACUCUUUCAAGCUGGCCUCGGCCAGUUCCAAGCUCAUCUCCCACGACGACCUCGCCUCCAUGGUCGCCGGCGACACUCCCCCCCAUGUCCUCGUCUCUACCACCUGCGAGCUCGACCUUGAGAACAAGCCUACGGAGUUCCGUGAUCUGCUCACUAAGGGCGAAACCUACCUCUUCUGCCUGAUGCACCACGCCGACCGUUGGGGAGAUGGCCAGCACGUUGAUAUUAUCCGCGAGUACAUCGAGAAGGGCAUGGCCGACUUCAUCGGUCUCAGCCAGCAUACCGUCGACUUUCUCCACCGUGACACCGCCGAAAAGUGGGAUCGCGAGCUCAACUAUACCGCCCACGUGUUGCCCCCCGUUUUCUCCGUCAAACUGCCCGAUACAGACCCGGAGGGUCUGUCGCUUGCUAUGCAGGGCGACUACUCGUCGGGCCGCCGCAACUACCAGCAUACGUUUGAGCAGCUCGGCCACGUCAUAGGUGAGCUGCGCGCCAAGGCUGGCGCCGACGAGGAGAAGAACAAGAAGGUCACUCUGCACGUUAUCGGCCACGGCGAGAUCCCCAGCGUGCCUGAUGACCUUAAGAGCAACGUCGUCUUUGAUCAGGACCUCUCCUACCCUGACUUCUACCGUACCCUGUCCGGCGCCUUCACCAUAAUCCCCGCAUUUGCUGACGAAGGGUACCUUGACCGCAAGGCCUCGUCUACGGUGCCCGCGGCAUUGAUUGCCGGUGCGCCCAUCGUCGCUAGCGAGCAGCUCCUCGCGGCGUACACUUAUCUGCCGCGUGAAGCCGUGUGGCUGUCGGAGCCUGGCGAGGAUGAGAUGGACACGAUUAAGCGCUUUGUUGGCGACAUGGCUGGAUACCAGGAGCGGAUGGGCAGAGUCAAGGAGACGCGGGAGAGGCUGAUACAAGACAACAUCAAGAAUGUCGGAGAGUGGAUAAAAGAGGCCUUGGCCAAGGUAGAGGCCGUUAAGAAAGACCGGGGGGUACAAAGAAGGAACGCUAGAGGGAACAGCAUGCUUGGGUAUUUGAGGUUUAUGCUAUCAAUGAACUGUAUAUUGAUGAUAUAG